UCUUUGCUUUGUUUGGUUGAGUCGUCUGUCAGUUAACAUAACCGGUGUUCUUAAAGGAGUUGCAGUGGUGGUUUUAUUAUAAUAUAGUGUUGAGGAGGAACUGAGUGUUUGUUACAAUGAACUGGAGUGUAGGAUACCUGAAAAUUUUAAUAUGUUGUAUAGUUAUAGAUGCCAUACCUUUGGGAGAGCUGCCUUCUUUUGGUGACGUUUACCAUGUUGCAGGUGUCAUUUCAUUGCCAUAUGCUGAGAUUAAGGAGCCUUUUGAAGCUUGGUAUAACUUGUCAGGACAAGUCAGUCGUAUCCAGUACUAUAAUGGUCAGGUGAUUACAUUCCAGCAUGGCUUCAGAAAACCAUUGGGCAUUGGCUACAAAAUUUCUCCAGAGACUACCGAAACUGAAGUAAAUGUCCAGAAAUGCUUCCAGGUUAAUGGCACGUCAGACAGCCCAGUUCUUCCACAAAGUGUAUUCCCUAAGCCAGAUGGCUUUAAGCUUAUUAAGAAAGAAUUCUACAAGGGCUACUUCUGCACUGUGUGGCAGUAUGUCACAACUGAAGGAAAGAAAACUAAUACCUACACCUUUUGGGUAUCUAACUCUACUGAUGGACAUCUGCUUCCUGUACACUAUGAGAUGAGGGGUUUCAAUUCUCUGCUAGGUUCUCAUUAUGACAAGUAUGAAAUUGAUUAUACAGACUACAGGCAAAAAGUCGACCCAGAUGUCUUCAACCUGCCAUCAGGAUUAACUUGUGAAGGGUUUCCAGGGCCUGGUGUGGAACACAGAAUUUUAGUCAAUCCCAUGCAAGAUUUUGUACAUACUGGCCACAAAGACCGAUCUCAUCAUGUGUUCAACCAUUACAAGCAGCAUUUUGACCGGAGCUAUACAAAUGAAAGGGAGCAUGAGCUCCGAAAACAAACAUUUGCUCAUAAUUUGAGAUACAUCCAUUCUAAGAAUCGUGCUGAUUUGCCCUUCAGUCUGGCAGUGAACCACCUUGCUGACCGAACAGAUGAUGAGAUUGCUGCUAUGAGAGGAAGAAUGAUAAGGAAGACUCCAAACCAUGGCCUUCCAUUCCCUGCAGAGCAAUAUUCAAGGGUCAUUGUUCCAGAGAGUAUUGACUGGCGAUUGUAUGGUGCAGUAACACCAGUGAAAGAUCAAGCAGUGUGUGGCUCGUGCUGGAGUUUUGCCACGACUGGUGCUUUGGAGGGAGCACUGUUCAUAAAGACUGGUAACUUGGUUCGCUUGUCUGAACAGAUGUUGGUGGACUGCACAUGGGGUUUUGGAAACAAUGCCUGUGAUGGAGGAGAGGAGUGGCGAGCUUAUGAGUGGGUCAUGAAGCAUGGUGGGAUUGCUACAUCUGAUACAUAUGGACCCUACAUGGGACAGAAUGGGUAUUGCCACUCUAAUCAAUCCCAUCUGGUUGCCAAAGUGAAAAACUACACAAAUGUCACAUCAGGGGAUGCCGAAGCACUGCGUUUGGCCAUCUUCAAAAAUGGACCUGUGGCAGUUAGCAUUGAUGCUGCACACAAAUCCUUUUCAUUUUACAGCAAUGGUGUUUACUUUGAGCCCCAGUGUGGGAAUACAACAGACCGUCUGGAUCAUGCUGUUUUGGCUGUGGGCUAUGGUGUGCUGCAGGGUGAACCCUACUGGCUUGUAAAGAAUUCAUGGUCAACUUACUGGGGAAAUGAUGGCUACAUCUUGAUGUCCACAAAAGACAACAAUUGUGGUGUUGCAACAGAUGCUACAUAUCCAACACUAGAAUGAUUUGCUUAUCACAUUAGGAAAGCAUAAGAACAGUUAUUUGAGCAUAGCUUCAGCUUUAGACAGAAUUUAAUGUUUUUAUUCGCUGCUGGCUCAUAAAUCGCACGAGACUGCACAAAGCCCAGCACAGCAAAUUUGAAAUUUUUCUUCUCUCAACUUCCCUGAUGAAUCUGGUCUUGCACAGUGGGGUAUUAUCAAAUAUUGCGGACUGUCCAGAACUGGUGCCAACUUCUUGCCAGGAUUAUGGUUAUUCACAUCUUCAAAGCCAACCACGAACACUGAAGGGCUGUGAUCUUGCUCCCAAAUCUUCGUUUUAAAUCCGUUUAUCAUUCAGUGAUCCUGGCUGAUGUUUGCAUAGUCUGUCACCAUUGAAUUUUUGGUGGUACACAGUAUGGAUUUAAUCUGUUCACUGCAAAAUAUUUAGUGUAAUGCACUUUAUGCAGAUGUACUAAGCUGUAAAGAGCUUGAAAUAUGUAUAGUCUUGCAAUAAGUAUAAAAUUAUAAUAGUGAAUGGUGUAACUAAGGUACUAUUACUGUUAAUUACAACCAUUUAAUUUAUAUUUUGUUAAAAAAAAUCCUGCACUUCUGGUUGGUCUGCAAGUGACAAUGCUGAAAAUAAAGCUGGCCAAUUAGUAUGA